AGACGGAAGAGCCUAUGGGAAAGAGCCUGUUACAAGCCCGGGGCUGCAGGUCACCAGCGCCGACGGAGGACUCGCUGCCAGGGUUUAUUAGGUCCUAAUUUAAGCCGAGAGAGUGAAAACCUCAUAAGCAACUGACGGCAGAGCGGGCGGGGUCACUCCGGACUCCGAAGUGACGAGGCGGCAGUUUCCUCCGGCCGCCCCGCUCGCCAUGUGUGUCAUUCACCCAGCCCCAUGAUUCAUCUCCUGGGCCGCUAAAAACCUCCAGCUACUGCAGAGCUGCUGCCCAUCACUCGUGGUGGGGCUGGUCGGAGCAGACCCCCCAGCCUGGGGCCCAGAGAAGAUGGGACAGCUCUCCGUGACACUCGGGAUCCUGCUCUGCACUGCUGGCAGCUGGGGGAGCAACAUCUGCACCACCCGUGGGGUGAACUCCUGCAAGCAGUGCCUGGCUGUCAGUCCUCUCUGUGCCUGGUGCUCUGCUGAGGUCUGGGCACAGUCGACCCCUCGCUGUGACCUACAUGCCAACCUCCUGCACAACGGCUGCACACAGGACCACAUUGAGUCCCCCAGAAGCAGUGUCACCAUCCUGGAGGACCGGCCCCUCAGCAACAAGGGCUCGGGGGGCUCCACCACCACCCAGAUGAGCCCGCAGAGAAUACAGCUGAACCUGCGGUCAGAUGACUCCCAAGUGUUUCAUGUCCAAGUGCGUCAAGUGGAAGAUUACCCUGUGGACAUCUACUACCUGAUGGACCUGUCCAACUCAAUGAAAGAUGAUCUGAGGAACAUCCAGAACCUGGGCACAAAACUGGCCAGUGAGAUGCGUAAGCUCACCAGCAACCUACGCAUCGGCUUUGGGGCCUUUGUGGAUAAACCCAUUUCCCCCUAUAUGUACAUAUCUCCUCCAGAAGCCGUCAAGAACCCUUGCUAUGAGAUUGGGGAAACCUGCCUGCCCAUGUUUGGGUACAAACACGUCCUGUCACUCACGGAUGAGGUGACUCGCUUCAACGAAGAGGUGCGGAAGCAGAGCGUCUCCCGGAACCGCGAUGCACCCGAGGGCGGCUUCGAUGCCAUCAUCCAGGCCACCGUAUGCGAUGAAAAAAUUGGCUGGAGGAAUGAUGCUUCCCACCUGCUCGUCUUCACCACGGAUGCGAAAACCCAUAUUGCAUUGGACGGGCGGCUGGCUGGCAUCGUGCAGCCCAAUGAUGCCCAGUGCCACAUCGACAAGGAUAAUUUCUACUCUGCCACCACCACACUGGACUAUCCCUCUCUGGGCCUGAUGACUGAGAAACUCUCACAGAAGAACAUCAACUUGAUCUUUGCUGUGACAGAUACGGUUGUUGGACUCUACCAGAACUACAGUGAGCUGAUCCCAGGCACAACCGUGGGCACGUUGUCCAGAGACUCCAGUAAUGUCCUGCAGCUCAUACUGGACUCCUAUGGGAAAAUCCGCUCCAAAGUAGAGCUGGAGGUGCGUGACCUCCCUGAAGAGCUGUCCCUGGCCUUCAAUGCCACCUGCCUCAACGAUGAGGUCAUCCCUGGGCUCAAGUCUUGCAUGGGGCUCAAGAUUGGGGACACGGUGAGCUUCAGCAUCGAAGCCAAAGUGCGGGGCUGCCCCCAGGAGCAGCAGAAAUCCUUCACCAUCAAACCUGUGGGCUUCAAGGACAGCCUGACAGUGGUGGUGAACUUCAACUGCGAGUGCUCCUGUGAGAGCCACGCCGAGGCCAACAGCCUGUCCUGCAGCCACGGCAAUGGCACGCUGGAGUGCGGCGUGUGCCGCUGCAACCCCGGGCGCCUGGGCUCACACUGCGAGUGCUCGGAGGAGGAGUACAACCCCUCACAGCAGGACAACUGCAGCCCCCAGCCAGGCCAGCCCCUGUGCAGCCAGCGUGGCGAGUGCAUCUGCGGGCAGUGCGUGUGCCACAGCAGCGACUUUGGGAAGGUGACGGGCAAGUACUGUGAGUGCGACGACUUUUCCUGUGUUCGCUUCAAGGGCCAGAUGUGCUCAGGUCACGGACAGUGCAGCUGUGGGGACUGUCUGUGCAACUCAGACUGGACAGGAGACUACUGCAACUGCACCACGCGCACCGACACCUGCAUGUCCAGCAAUGGGCUGGUGUGCAGCGGCCACGGCUCCUGCGUGUGCGGCCGCUGCGAGUGCACCCAGCCCAGCUCCUACGGAGAUACCUGCGAGAAGUGCCCCACCUGCCCAGAUGCUUGCACCAUCAAAAAAGAUUGCGUGGAGUGCAAGAAGUUUGAGCGGGGAAAGCUAGUGGAGCAGCAGUCCUGCAGCCGCAUGUGCCGUGAUGAGAUUGAGACCGUGCAGGAACUGAGUGACAGGGGCAAGGAUGCCAUGAACUGCACCUAUAAGGACGAGAAUGACUGUGUGAUGAGGUUUCAGUAUUACGAGGACUCCAGUGGCAAGUCCAUCCUCUACGUCAUCGAGGAGCCUGACUGUCCAAAGGGGCCAGAUGUCCUGGUAGUCCUGCUCUCAGUGACAGGUGCCAUCCUGCUCAUCGGCCUCGCUGCCCUGCUCAUCUGGAAGCUCCUCAUCACCAUCCACGACCGCCGUGAGUUCGCCCGUUUCGAGGAGGAGAAGGCCAGGGCCAAGUGGGACACGACCCAUAACCCUUUAUAUAAAGAGGCCACAUCUACCUUCACCAACAUCACAUACCGUGGGAACAUGUAAGGAUGCCACAUCCAGCACUGGCCAAGGGAUCAGCUGAGGAUCCGUGGGAUGUCCUGGAAUCCAGUUUACAGAAGAGCUUGUUUGUGUCUGCCUGUGUGAAUGACUGCAUGUAAUUUAACAAAUCCCUGACUGCCUCCAACCCCUCUUGUCUGUCACCCCACUGUAACUGCAGGGAUGUGCUUUCCAUAGCAAACUUUGGUCUUUACCUCAGCGGGUUGCUCGCAAAGCCAGCAGCCCCUCCAUACACUGAACACAGAGAAGUGGGAUGAUCUCUGUCAGUCUGUGAACUCUUCGGUGCUCAUCGGGCCAAGGCCAUUCAGGAGCAGCUGCUUGAACCACAUGCUGAGCUGUGCUCUCCUCCACCACCUGUGCUGGUGAAGCUCUGCCCACUUGGAGUCCCCUUCUGCACUGGUCUCAGUUCCUCUGGGCAGAGGGACCUUCUUUGGGACAGGACAGCUGCCAGACAGGAGCCAUCACUGGCUUUGGGGAUUCAGGACACUGCUUGAGCAGCCCAGCAGGUCCUUUCUUCUUGCAGUUGUAUGUCACUGGUGCUUCUGUGACCCAGGGUGGUAAAAAGCUGUGUCCCACAAAACAGUGCCCUCCCUCACUCCCUCCACUUCAUUCAGUCUAUAUCACCUGCCAACUCCGUGUAGCAUCAGCUGUGCUGGUACCAACUGCAGCCUGGCUCAGCCCCUGGGAUGGUGCUGAGCUCCUCCUGUCUGUCUCCACUGUCCUCAUGCCACAGCUCACAUGGAUGUGCAAGCAGCUGCUUUAGGAUGGUCAUGAUACCUGAUAUCCCUUGAGCCUGGCCACCUCUCUCCCCUUUCUAUGUUUUUUGGACUGUGUAACUGCAGCAACCCUGGACUUCCGUGUGGCUCAGGGUUCCAGAAGAGCAGGCAGGGCUCAGGCUAUGUCCUGCUGCCUGGGGCUGUGUGUCACUCCUAGAGGAAUACAAAGAGUUGUCCCAGGGGCAUUGCUGGGCUGUAA